GGCUUUCGUUCUGUUGGGGGUGGGAACUAAGGCGAAGCAGCUAUAUAAGGACCCGCUCUCAGGUAUCAGGCACGUCUUCUCUCUUGUAACUUGUGCCAUUAUGUCUGGUCGUGGCAAGGGCGGUAAAGGCCUGGGCAAAGGCGGCGCCAAGCGCCACCGCAAGGUCCUGCGCGACAACAUCCAAGGCAUCACCAAGCCCGCCAUCCGCCGCCUGGCCCGCCGUGGAGGAGUCAAGCGCAUCUCCGGCCUCAUCUACGAGGAGACCCGCGGGGUGCUGAAGGUGUUCCUGGAGAACGUGAUCCGCGACGCGGUCACCUACACGGAGCACGCCAAGCGCAAGACCGUCACCGCCAUGGACGUGGUCUACGCGCUCAAGCGCCAGGGCCGCACCCUCUACGGCUUCGGAGGCUAAGCUCUUGCUGCGUUUUUCUCCACUGUCGCAAAAGGCCCUUUUCGGGGUCACCGACUUGGUCCUCAAAAAUCUUGGCAUCCUUUUUACAUAACCAAAGGCCCUUCUCAGGGCCGCCCAUCUACUCUGAAAAGGCGUUGUAAUGCUGAGCCAUGCCUUGUACAUCGUACCGGAUCGUAGAGAACCGGCUGAGGAAUUGUUUCUCCUGUAAGUACGUGUUGGUUUGUUUCUCCUUGUAUACGUUCAGUGAAUUGAACAGUGAGACCUUCAAACUAUAAGUUUUACCACAUUUUUCUUUUAAAUAAGUACGGCCCCAUCAAGCCUGGGCAGCCAAACAACUUGAGAAAAGCCAGAGUGAGGGAUGAAAACACAUUUACAUUUUUAGUCAUCUGAAAACGGGGGCAAAUCGUGUGUGAAGUACAAUAGCUUCCAUUUCGGGUCUUAGUUUUGGUAAAGACAGAUGUGUUCUUUAAAUGGUUUCCUGUAUUUCGCCUAUUUUGUACAUUGGUGUAGAGGCAGUUUGGGAAAUAUCUGCUACAAUUUCAGGUUCACAACCCAACUGAACAGUACUUUGUCUUCCUGGGUUGGCCUAGCCUCCCAAGUGGUUGGAUUGUUGUUGGUUACCACCACACCCAGCUUGGCAGCAGUUUUUGUCUCUUCUUGUUGGUUUUUAUUUUAGGCAUCCCUUUUAAAAGGGACAGAUUUGAACUUUAGCCUGUCACUGUUAGCUAUGUCCGACUUUCCCUGGUUUGCCAUUCUUGUUACCCAACCGUGGAAUAUUCAGCAUAGCCUCAUUUAAAACUAAUGAGAAUCCAUAGGUACCCUGGGAGCUUUCAGGCAUAGUCCAGACAGGAACAGUGUAUCUUGAGAGUGGUUGAUCACUUUAUUCCUUCUAUCUGAAUUUCCCAAGGAGCUAUUUUAUAAUUAUAUGUGCCAGCUGCUCCUUGAGGCCAGUGACCGAGUUCUCAUGAGCAAUCAGUAAGUGUAGUCUGUAGAUGCAGCUCUCUAUAUGAGAGAUCAGUAGCCAAGGUGGCCUUUAAGGCAGGCCUGACCUUUUUCCAAAGCGUUCCUAAUAGGCAUAUAUUCUCCUUGGUGUGGUAUCUACCUCUACUGAGGACAGAAACCUCUCACUUUUCCUCAGUCAGUUCAUAUUGUCCUAGAUUUGCAAGUCUGCGUUAACUCUCAAGAUUGACAGGAGUCUCAUGCUUAUUGAGGAAUCAAUUGUGCAGGUAUCAUAGUGGGGCUUAGUGGAGGGAGGCCUGGGGAUUUGCCUGAGGGUUCCUGAUGUUCACUUUAAAGACCACAAAUUUAAGGUGAGGCUGGGCUACAAGUUCCAGGCUAACCUGCUCUAUAGCAAGACAAAAGAAGUCAAUGACAUGAUUCAUUGAGUAAAGUUGCUGCCAAGCCUAAAGACCUGGUUUCAAACUCCUGGACCUAUGUGCUAGGUCCAAUUCUAAAUUAUCCUCUUGAAAUCCACAAGUGUGCUUUGAUAUGUGCACACCAGCUACUGCACACGCAUGCAUGUGUGUGUGUGUGCAGGCACACACAUGAUUAUAAAAAUAUUUAAAAUGAAAUUUUUAAAAGACAAAAAGAGUACUGGAUCAAUGGUUAAAAGAGAUGGAUCAGUGGUUAAGAUGGAUCAUUUGCCGCUCUUCCAGGGAACCUGCAUUCAAUUCCCAACACCCACAUGGUGUCUAACACUCUGUAUGUAGCAC